AAAAAAAAAAAAAAACGUGGACAUUUCAAAUCCCUGUUCAGCAGCAGAGUUUUACAGCGCGCCACGAAUAGCCAAUCAUUCGUCUGAAGUCAUCUCAGCUUCUGUCCGACUUGUUUUGUUUGGAGCUCAGCGCGACACUGUGCGUAAAAAUACACCAGGCGCAGCGGCGGUGCCAUGGCAUCCGAGCAAAGUCCAAUCUGACGCGCAAGGAAUACAUGCGUUCUUUUUAAAAAACGCGGAUGUUUAUUUGCUGAGCAGAGAUGGCAGCUUUUUUGCCAAAACUGAUGAUGAGAAGUGCGUUGCUGGAUCGGUCCUUUCCUCUCCAUCGAGCGAGUUGCGCCAGGGAAGGAUGCUGAGCGGAUCGAAGCGGGGAGUUGUCUUCUACAGCUGCAAGACCACCAACACUUUGGACUCCAUCUCUCAAUCUCUUCAUCAAUUUUUCUAAAAUCAUGGAGAGCCUCAACGAGCUUCAAAACCCACUUCUCGACAAAACUGGCAGACACAACUACCAGGGUUACCAAUGCGACUACCCAAACCAGCCCUACCAGGACAGCCUGAUUGGCUACUACUACACAGGGACCAGCGGCACGCACAAGUCCCAACAGUUUCUGGACGCCACCUCUCUCCACAUUGCGGUGGAGGCCUUUUACAAGCCGAACUUAAUCAUGUACAAGGACGACGUUAGCCUCCACAGCAAGGACUCAAAGAGUGAGAGCUUUGAGACCACGUUCACGGAGAAUAAGGACGCUGUGACGGAUGCGAUUUCCGCAGAAAACACCGACCGAGUCGCACAAGGAGAAAAGGAUGUGAAGAUCCAGACUGUGUCGUAUGAAGUGGAGGAGGAUCAAGGUCCAGAGUAUGAGAGUGACAGCUCCAGCGAUAGUGAGAGUGAAGACAACUUCCUCACACUCCCCCCUCGUGACUACUUGGGCCUGGCGAUCUUCUCCAUGCUCUGCUGCUUCUGGCCCUUGGGCAUUGUCGCCUUUUGCUAUUCUCACAAGACUGGCAAGGCCAUUGCUAAGGGAGAUUUCUCCAGAGCAGGGAUGAGCUCCAGAAGAGCGCUAUUUCUGGCUGCUUUGUCCAUUACCAUCGGAACCGGGAUGUACGUGGGGGUGGUUGUUGCCCUUGUAGCUUACUUAUCCAAGCCUGGACAUGUAUAGCACUGGGGCUUGUUAUUCAGGUGGGGGGGGGAAGAAAAGAAAAAAAAAGGAAAUGUGGAUCUGUUAGCCUCUCAUGAACAUGUAUGUCUUGGGUUUUCUACUAAACAGACCACAGAGGAAGAAAACACACUUCAAGAAUGAACUGUGCAUGGGGUAAUAUAACUGUCAUAUCAAAGUGUAUGGAUAAAGAUUAAAUCAUGCACAAAUUAAUACUUUGUGUACAACUUUAGAAAAAAUAGGAAUACAACAUUAGUUUUGCGCUUAACAUGUCUGAUUUUGAAUAUAUUUGUCUUCAUUUUAAAUACAAAAAGUCUCCAGUUAACUGUCAAUAAAACAUCACAUAUACAUCAAGUUAAGAAACACAGAUGGUUCAAAUUGAGCAUGUGUGUUAAGGAUUAUUUAUUGAAAUAAAAAAAAUGUUUAGAAUAUGUUGAGAUGUUAUUCUAUAUCCCGGACGAGCCCCCAUCAAUGCUCUUCAGGUCUUCUCCAUCUUCAAAUAAAUUUGGUUAAUUUAACCUCUUGGAUUGUGCUUCUCUCUAGACAAAAAACACAGGGAGACGUCCUAAGAUGGGAAAUCAAGUCUCUAAUGUUUUUGACGCCAUAACAGGGAAGUCAUAUUGUUACCAUAACUCAGUCGAAAAUUGAAUUAAACAGAUAAUAGAACAAUCUCCAACUGCAUUUUUUCUCGCUGCAAGACUGCAACAGGCGAUUGUAUAAACAAUGCACCGGCUGAAUUUUUCAGACCCAAAAGUGGGUGCUCUCAUUAUCAAUGUCUAUUAACAGACAUAUACCCCGUUUUACACCUAAUAAGUGUAGUGGUAUGUCUGCUCCUUUAUUUUGGAUGUUUUUUUUUUUCACCCCUUCUGGGUCUGAAACAAUCCCCUGAUGCAUUGUUUACACAAUCAGCUGUUGUCACCUUGCAACAAGAAAAUGUGGCCUGAGAUCACUUAUGUUUUAUUCAGUUUUCAACUGCUGUGGUUACAAGAUAAUUUCCUCAUUUUGGGAUCAAUAACAUCCUAAAAGUUCUAUUCUUUUUUUUGUUUAAUUUAAAAACCUCAAUACACAGGUGCAAUUUGAACAAUCCGUUUCACGACUCGAUGUUUAUACUUGCAACGUAUUUUUGACAGUUAACAGGAGAAAAUUUCGUAUUCAGGACAAAGGAAAGUCGUAAUCAAAUCAAAUAAAUGGUAUUCAAAACAGAUUAAACAAAAAACUAAAUGUUGUCUCAUAUUUUUUUAGCAAAGUUGUGCAAAAAAUAUUAAUUUGUGCACAACUUUGUCUUUAAGCAUAAACUUCUUAUUGAGAGUUAUCUUACCCCAUACCUUUGACUCUUACCCAGAAGGAAUCUUUGUAUUUUUAUUUAUAUCAUUCCACCUGAAUGUUCUACUAUACAGGAGAAAAAAAAAAGACUGUUAAAUAAAAAGAAAAAAAUUCUUCAACACCAGAUCCUCAACAUGAAGAAACGGAACUCUGCAGCAAAAACCUACCUUUUACCACAUCAGUAAAUUGAACUUUAUUUAGCUUCAUGGUGAAUGGAUUAUCUGUGUCUAUGAAUCCAAACUGUGCAUUUUUCACCUUGUAAAUGAAUUUCCUGAAUAAUAGCAGGCAGUUUUGAGUCAUAAACUACUGAAGACGUAAAUUAGACAGUGAUCCGGUCAACGAGACGUGAGAAGAAGAAAAAAUACCAGGACAAAAGACUUCAAGAGGGUAGCUUCAAAGCUGCAGAGCAGUGGACCUGAGGGUUUUAAGUGUCUGUAGUGUACUGUACUUUUAUUCAAUAAAUAUGUUUGGCAUGAGAACUGA